AUGGAGGGGGCCGUGAAAUCCACGCGGCGGAUCACCAAGAUCGUCGGGCUGGCGCUGUUUGGAGUCAUUUUCCUCUUCUCCUUCUUCGGCUGGCCGAGCAACGUCAUCGAGGGCGAGGCAAUCCAUGGGCAGAUCCUGGCGGUGCUCUUCUUGACGGGCAUUCUGCUGGUGGCCCUGGAGGACGUGCUGAGACUGGACAAGUCCGCCGUGAUGCUGGUCUUGGCCUCCGUGAUGUGGACGUACCAUGCCGCAGCAUGCCAUCCCACCCAAUCAGCAGAGGGCCAUGAGAAGCUCAACAGCGAGCUUGUCAAGGGCCUGUCGGACGUGGGCAGCGUGAUCCUUUUUCUGCUGCCGGCCAUGGGAAUCGUCGAGUCCAUCGACCACAUGUGGCUCGGAGGGAUUGGUAGAGAUGACGGGUCCUGA